CACUCCACUUACUUUAUCAAUAUAAUUUAUCAUAUUACUUAUUUCAUACAAAUUAUUAAAUUAAAAAAAAUUAAUUACCAGGAGGAACAAAUUGCAUAUGCAACAUAGGUUCCUUUGUCUAGGAAGAUGCUUGAAAUCUCUCCUGAAGCAUCGGUGGCAGGAAGAAAGCUGGGUGAGGAAAGGAUGCCGGCUUUGAAUUCCGACGUAGAAUCCUCCCACCACGCUUCCUCUUUAACCAAAAAACUUGUGGUCCAUUCCGUCCGAUCUGCAACGUCUAUUCCUCUUUCAUCGCCUGCCUCUGAUGAAAGCCUAGACGAUCUCUCCAGCAUUGAAAGCGGAGGAAUCAUCCCUUACGAAGAUCCACUGAUCCAAUGAAGCCCCUGCUGCGAUUGACGGUG